AUUCUGAAACUCGUCUUGGCUCCCUUCGUUCCCCUUUUCCCUUCUAGCUCCAUCGAAAACCUAGGAGGAUCGUAAUCUCGCCAUGGCUGCUAUCGCGGAGAUAGAAGAACCUUACCCGACGCCCCCCUCGAAGCCGAGAAGCUCCGACGCCCUCGUUGUGCAUGGUUCAUCUGAAGUAUCCACCCCUGCCCCGGCGGCCGCCGUCUCCCCCGCCUGGGUUCCACCUCCGAUGCCAGCUCAGCCUCCCUGGGCCAAUGAUCCUAGGUACAUGAAAAUGCAUGGUGGUCCUGCGCUUGGGCCUAAUCCAAAAGUUCACCGUCAGCAGUCCAUGAGAAUCGCGAAGAUAGCCUUGGAUUACUACAACAAAAGGAAGAAGUUCAAGUUUGAGCUCCUGGAGGUCGGUCCUGUCGUUUCCGUGUCUUCUUCAUUUUAUCCUUACAAGCACAUGAACUUCAGUGCAAGAUCUAGCAAGGAGGGCUCGGGGGAACAUCUAUUCUUCGCUGAGCUGCAGCUGUGUUCCAGAAGGAAGAAUCCAAUUGGUUUCAGUAUCAUCUGUUGUGAGCCAUUGGGUUCUUACUCUACUGCUGGACGUUGUGCAAGCUGGGGUAUGGACAACCCUCAAGGAACCUUGUCGCGAAGGAAGAAUGUUGACUUCACUUACUGCUUUGGAUGUGGUCCGAAUAUAUUGCAUCCCGAAGGUACAAAAUAUGUUGGGGGGCAUUGUAACGUUCCACACAUUUACAACAAUACAAUGAUAUAGACAAAGCUGUCUCC